AUGAAAUGCCUCCUGGCCCCGAUCCCCAAGGAGAAGGAAAAUGUCGGGCACCCGGCAGGCCCUCCUAUGCAGCUGGCGGAGGACAUCAGCACAUUUGGAAACAGAAUGUUAAUGCUUGAUGGGAUGCCUGCAGUCAGAGUCAAAACAGAGCUGCUGGAAUCAGAACAAGGGUCUCCAAACUCCCACAGUUACCCAGAUAUGGAAGCUGUACCCCUGUUGCUGAACAGCAUGAAGGCAGAUCCAGAAGAGGACUCCUUGUCCACGGACCAUUUCCAGACUCAAACUGAGCCAGUGGACUUGUCGAUAAACAAAGCCCGGUCGUCCCCUAUUGCUGCUUCGUCGUCACCAGUGUCCAUCACUGCGUCGGCGUCGUCUCCUUCCUCUACUUCAACGUCUUCUAGUCGACCAGCAUCAUCGCCAACAGUAAUAACGUCAGUAUCUUCAGCAGCAUCCGCUCCAUCAGUAUUAACUCCAGGCCCACUUGUGGCGUCGGCGUCGGGCGUUGGAGGGCAGCAGUUUUUGCACAUAAUCCAUCCGGUUCCACCAUCUAGCCCCAUGAACCUACAGACCAACAAAAUGAGUCACGUACACCGCAUUCCAGUGGUGGUCCAGUCGGUACCUGUGGUCUACACAGCUGUGAGGUCACCAGGGAAUGUGAACAACACUAUAGUAGUACCGUUAUUGGAGGAUGGGAGAAGUCAUGUCAAAGCACAAAUGGACCCACGUGGCCUGUCUCCCAGGCAAAUUAAAAGCGACAGUGAUGAUGAUGACCUGCCAAAUGUGACCUUGGAUAGCGUUAAUGAAACUGGAUCCACCGCCCUGUCUAUAGCCAGAGCCGUUCAAGAAGAGAGCAUGUGGGGCUGUGCCAGGUCAGCAGUUAACACUUUUCGUUUUUUCAACUCCAG